AUGUUCAGUCGCUUAAAUAAGCUUCAAACCGCUUUAGUUUUGGCUCUUUACUCCCAAAGUGCAUUGGGCCAAAUCUAUACCAACAGCUCUUCGAGUGUCGCUCCAUCCAGUUCUGUUUCCAUCAGUAGUUCGAUUUCUCAAUCGAGCUCUUCCGGUUCUGGUUCUGGUGUUUCGAGCACUAUCACUCCAACCAGUUCUGGCGCCUCUAGUACUAUUACUUCCUCUUCUUCUUCUGGAACAGGUACUACUACUUCUGGUUCACUUUCUUCCAGUGACGGUACUAUUUAUUUACCAGCCACAACAAUUUCUGCAGACGUCACACUUUCAGGUGAUGUAUUUGCAACAGAUGCAGUCGAAAUCGCCGCUGGCGGCAAAUUAACCCUGCUUGAUGGUGACAAAUACGGAUUCUCAGGUGACUUGAGAGUUUACGGUGGUCUGUUCGUAGCUAAGUCAAAGGCAACUUACUUAGGGACCAAUUUUGACAUCUCAGGUUCAAUCUUUGACGUUACUGGUGAAUUCAAUGCUCAAGAACCUGCUGCUACUUCUGCCUCUGUCUACUCGUUCACACCUGGCUCUUUUGAAAACAGUGGUGACAUUUCUUUAUCUCUAUCUGAGUCCAGUAAGGGCCAGGUUACUUUUUCUCCAUACUCCAACACAGGUACUUUCGAUUUCUCGAAUGCUGUUCUAAAUGGGGGUUCUGCUUCUGGUCUACAACGUAGAGCUGAAGCUACAGGAUCCACAAACAAUGGUGAAAUAAACUUAGACAAUGGGAGUACUUACGUUGUUGUAGAGCCUGUUUCCGGAAAGGGUACAAUUAAUAUCAUCUCCGGUAACCUUUACUUACACUACCCAGACACUUUCACUGGUCAAACUGUUGACUUCAAGGGCGAAGGUGUUCUUGCCGUUGACCCAACCGAAACCAACACUACCCCUAUUCCUGUCGUUGGCUACACUGGUAAGAACCAGAUUGCCAUUACCGCAGACGUCACUGUCUCGUAUGACAGCGCCACUGGCGUUUUGACUGCAACCAAGGGUAACGCCGACUUCUCUUUCGCUAUCGGUACUGGCUUCUCCAGUUCUGGCUUCAGUGUCUCUGAAGGAACCUUCGCAGGCGCCGCUGCUUUCUACCUAAACUACGGUGGAGCCGUCGCUUCUAGUUCUGUUCCAUCAUCCGUUUCCUCCACAUCUGGUGCUUCAUCCACUGCCUCCGGCUCAGUCACUAGUUCAUCCUCUGGCACAACUUCGGAGACCAGAUCUGUUUACACCACGACGUUGACUUCCGGAGAAGUUACAAGCACAGUAAUUGUCUCUUGUUCAGAAACAACUGACAGUAGAGGUCACAUCUAUACUGUUACAACAACCGUUCCAUGUACUACCACUGCUACAAUYACUUCUUGUGAUGACAAUGGAUGCCACGUUGUUCCAGCCCCAACGACCACCACCGCCACAAUCACUUCUUGUGACGACAAUGGAUGCCACGUUGUUCCAGCUCCAACCACCACCACCGCCACAAUCACUUCUUGUGAUGAMAACGGAUGCCACGUUGUUCCAGCACCAACUGCAACCACUGCUACAAUCACUACUUGUGAUGACAACGGAUGCCAUGUUGUUCCAGCCCCAACUGCAACCACCACUUCUCCAAAAUCAUACACUACUUUUAUUGUUACUCACUGUGAAGACAACGACUGUAGUGUUAAGACUGUCACCUCCGAGGCCCCUAAGGAAACUUCACCUACUACUGCUACUUCUGAAACUCCAGAAUCUCACACUACUUACACUGUUACUAACUGUGAUGAUAAUGGUUGUGAUGUCAAGACCGUCACCUCUGCAGCUCCUAAACCAACUACCGCUACUGCUGUCGUUACCUCUGGGGCUCCUAAGGGAAACACAGUCACCACUGUCAUCACUUCUGGGCCUUCUAAGGGUAAUACAGUCACCACUGUCAUCGCUUCUGAGGGUCCUAAUGGAAAUGCAGCUACGGCUGUCGUCACCUCUGGUGCUCCUAAAGUGACUUCAGCCACCGCUACUGGUUCUGAAGCAUCUAGCUCAAUCAUCAAGUAUGGUUCUUCUGCUUCUAAAUCCCUCACUGGUAUUGUUGUCCAAUCUGAGGGUAUUGCCGCUGGUUUGAAAACCAAUGCUUUGAAUGCUUUGGUCGGUAUUUUUAUUUUCGCCUUCUUAUAA